AUGAGAAAACUGAGCCUGGUGAUGAAGGGUGAUGAAGGGUUUGAAAGUAUAUGUGUAAGUGGAAGAGGAAGACCAACGAAAUAUCCUGACAAUAUUAAACAAUUAUAUGACAAGCCAAGACCAAUUUCAACAUUGAAAAAAAAAGAUCUCAUGAAACUGUGUAAGACUGAAGCCAUUCCUGUAGAAUUUCAUGAAUGGUAUCAAAGUAUUCCAUCAUGUUCAAAACAGAAGGAUACAAUUUUAAUUUCUGAAUCUGAAAAUGAUUCUGAUAAUUAA